AUGGCUAGGCCUAGUCUUGUGACGGAGAUUACCGGUUUCUAUAGAUGGUUCUUAAUUAUGCUUCUUUGCAUUGAUUGCCAAGGCUGCUUAGAAGUAGAAAGAGCUGCUCUUCUACAAAUCAAAGAUUCAAUGAGCAGUCCAGCGGGGUCGGCUUUCUCAAACUGGUAUGGAGAAGAAUGUUGCGAGUGGGAGGGCGUUGAAUGUGAUCCAACUCGUACACGUAUUCAUAAGAUCUUCUUUCACUACUUGAGGGAAGAAAGUGAUGGUGUGGUUGAACCGUGGUACCCAAACGCUACCUUGUUUGCUCAGUUUGAGGAGUUGCGGGAACUUGAACUGCCAGGGAAUCAUAUAGGAGGAUUCGUUUCAACUGACGCAUUUAGAGAGCUGAAGCAACUUCAAAAGUUGGAUCUCCAUGACAAUUCCAUAAACAAUGGCUCUAAUCUCUGUUGGGGUAAAUCUCCUUCUCUUUAUUUCCUGGAUUUGUCUAGCAACAACUUACAAGGCAAUAUUCCAGAUUGUCUUUGCGACAACCUGUUUCUGAAAGAAUUGAUACUGUUUGAUAACUAUCUCUUUGGAAGCAUCAAUUUGCGAUUGGGAAAGAUGGUUUCUCUCCAGCAUCUGGAUCUCUCUGACAACAACUUCAAUGGCUCUUUUCCUUCUUUGCCGAUUAGCAACCUAACGAAUAUUGAGUCAAUUGUUCUAUCAAGAAAUGAGUUCCACGGCAUGAUUUCGCUCUGCAUUUUUGCCAAUCUGUCGAGGCUGAGUGAACUUGAUAUUUCCUUCAACCACUUGAUAGUUGAAUCAGAGGUAGACUCUCCAUCUUUCAGUCUAAAUACUCUGCGGUUAAGUGGUUGUAACCUCAAGAACAUUCCCGGCUUCCUCUCCAGACAAGAACGCCUUGAUGUCCUAGAUUUAACCUACAACUCACUCUUGGGAAACAUUCCUUCAUGGAUGUUUUACAAUAUCAGUUCAGAAUUAUGGUUAAGAGGCAAUAACUUCACUGGUCCCUUCCCCAAGAACAUAAGCUCAAGGCUUACUCUUCUUGACAUUUCUGACAAUUUCUUGCAUGGGACAUUACCCAGAGCCUUGGGCUUGAAUUUUCCACAGCUGAACCAUUUAAAUCUUUCCAAAAAUAGCUUCAAUGGAAACCUGCCCUUGUCCUUUGGUAACCAACUUCAGAAGCUAGAUUUAUCAGAUAAUCAGUUUCAAGGAGAAAUUCCCCAUAGCAUGGCAAGCAAUAUGAGUUGUCUGAUAUAUUUGAGGUUAUCCGGAAACAACCUGACAGGAGCUUUGUUUCCCAAAAACUCAAGUUUACCCAAGUUAAAAGUACUAGACCUCAGAGGGAAUCGCUUCGAAGGACAAAUACCACGGGAAAUUUGCCAAAUGAGGGAAUUGCAUGUUUUAGAUCUAUCAAGAAAUGGUCUUUCUGGUGACAUUCCCGACUGUGUUGACAACAUUACUUCCUGGAAGGAUCCUGGCUACGAUGCCUACCGUCCGUCUUACGACUGGAACAUUAUUGACUUCGUUUUAAAAGGAAUAGAUGUCUCUUCGAAUAAACUAACAGGUAGAAUUCCAAUCCAAAUGACACGAUUGAGGGAGAUUGUUGUACUAAACAUGUCGAACAACCUUCUCACAGGUCAAAUACCUUCAUCCUUGGCAAACUUGACAAAUCUAGAAGCCCUAGAUCUUUCACACAACAAUCUCUUCGGUGUAUUACCCCCUGAUUUAACUGAUCUUGAAUUUCUUGAAAUUAUUUAUGUCCCUUUCAACAAUCUAUCAGGUAUGAUACCAACGGGACGCCAGUUUGAUACAUUUUCAAAUGACAGUUACAUAGGCAAUCCCGGCCUUUGCGGACCUCCACUUUCAAACAAAUGCAAUGACAGUGCAGAAACACCACCGGUUUACGCUGGUGCGGACAAGUCUCCACUUUCAAACAAAUGCAAUGACAGUGCAGAAACACCACCGGUUUACGCUGGUGCGGACAAGUCAAUUCUCAGUUAUGAGAUGGUCAAAGGCUAUGGAAGAAAAUCCAUUUCCCCGAGAUGCGCACUGAAGAUUGACCUUCAUAAAGCUUUCGACUCCAUUCACUGGGGAUUCAUCAUUCAAAUACUUAAAGCUCUCAAUCUCCCUCUUGCUUUCAUUGCUUGGAUCGAAGCAUGUUUCACACAAGCAAGGUAUUCCAUUUCUUUUAAUGGAACAUUAAUCGACUAUUUUAAAGGAGCUAGAGGCGUAAGACAGGGAGACCCUCUAUACCCUUAUCUUUUUGUUCUUGCAAUGAAUAUUUUAUCCCGAAUGCUUAAUUUGGCUGCCGAAAGAGAAAUGUUUGGUUUUCAUCCAAAAUGCAGGAAAAUUGGUCUUACUCAUCUCUCUUUUGCUGACGAUUUACUUAUCUUCUGCAAAGGCAAUAUUGACUCUGUUGUAGGUGCUCUUACUAUUCUUGACAAAUUCUAUGAAGUCUCGGGGCUUAAACUGAAUCCUGCCAAAUGUGAAAUCUUUGCUGCGGGGAUUCCUUCAAGAACCAUUGAGAACUUAAGAAUUAUUACGGGGUUUCAAAUUGGAAGUCUUCCUAUUCGUUAUCUUGGUAUUCCCCUGGUCACCCGCAAACUUUCUGAAAAGGACUGCCAAGCGUUAAUUGACAAGAUCAAGCUUAAACUUCAUCACUGGUCAAGCCGAAAUCUAAGUUAUGCAGGCCGCUUAGAGCUCAUUAGAUCAGUCUUAUUCAAUGUCAGCAAUUACUGGUGCAGACAACUAGUCCUGCCAACUUCUAUUCUUAAAAAAAUGGAACAACUUUGCUCUAGGUACUUCUGGAAAGGAGCAGAUAAAUCUGCUGCUAGUGCUCGUGUGCGUUGGGAUAACAUUUGUGUUUCCAAAGCAGAAGGUGGCCUCGGAUUGAAUAACAUUAAAACUUGGAAUAAAGCUUGUGUCAUUACUCUAAUCCGGAAAAUCUUAGCAGGAACCGGUUCCCUGUGGGUUGCUUGGCUUAAGGCAUAUGUUUUUAAGGAGCAGGACUUUUGGCAUUAUAAAGCAACACCUAAUUUGAGUUGGAGCACCAAUAGAAUCUUAAAAUUAAGGGCUGAAGCUUUCCCAAUCCUUUCUGUCGGUUCUCCACAAGUUAAGGAAAUUUGGGACUUGAUUCGAAGCAAAGGGCAGAUUGUUACAUGA